AUGAGCGCGGAAGCGGACGACGCCACCAACGCGCUGAUCGCCAAACUGCUGUCUGAGGACAACCCCUACGGGGGCGGGGCCGACGCCUACGGCGGCGGCGAGGAGGAUGACGACCCCGUGGAUUCGGACUACGGGUCGCCGGUGGCCAAGAAGGCGCGGCGGUCGGAAAAGCAGACGGGCUCGGCGCGCGGCGGCAAGAAGCGCGGGCCCCGGAGGGCAUCCAAGGCUUCAGCCACUCCCGAGGGGACUCCGAUUCUGGACAAGGGAAAGGAGAACGACGAAAUGGAGAAGUCUCUCACAGGCCGACGCAAGCGCAAAGACACUGGGCAGCAGCGUGCACGAGGCCGCCCGUGGGACAACGACGAGGAGAGGAAGUUCCUGGAGGGACUGCAGCUGUAUGGCCGCGACUGGAAGAAAGGAGCUGAGCACAUCGGCUCCCGCGAUUCCAGGGCUCUGGCCAGCCACGCGCAGAAGCACUUCAUCAAGCUUUGCAUGCAGGGGAAGCCACUGCCAGCCCGUGUGGCCGAAGGUGGCCUGGGCUACACGCUGUCUGGGAAGCCGCUGGACCCGACUUCCUCGUCGGCAAAAGCCUACGGGUUCAAGCCAGAGCUGCUGAAAAAGCUCAACAAAGAUGAGUAUGCGGUUGCUGUGAGUGGUGUCUUAUUGGAGAAGCUGGAGGAGUGCAAUCUGCCCCUUCCCGCUGACUUCACAGCAAAUCAAAAACAUGGAGGCCAAAAGGACACUGCUGUUCCGAUGGAGACAGACGUGGCAGGGGAACAAAGUCAACGAACCAAGGGUGCCGAAGCUGCAGUGGCAGGUGACAAGUCUGCUGUGAUGGCUGAGAUGAAUGUGGAAGAAAAGGCAGACGUUGCGGUGGUAGAGUGUGAGGAUCGGGUGUUGAGCACUAAACCGUUGGAGCCAGCACAACCUACACCUGCUGUCCCUGCGAAGGUAGUGGCCACUGCCCAGACAUCAGUGCCAGCAGAUAGGUCUGCACCCGUUGGGCCCUCCAACGAGGAAAAGGAUGACAGUGCCAGCAUCAAAUCUCAGUGUGCCGCCCCGCCGUCAAACAAAGAACAGGAUGGCAAUGCGAGCGCCAAAAAUGGACCUGCUGCUGUACCCUCAAACGAGGAAAAGAACAAUAACACAGGCCUCAAAAAUCGACCGAAACGCUCCUGCACCACAAAGCGUCUUCACAUGGGGACGACGACCGAGAGCCUGGACCUUGUCGACUGCUUCAAUUUUGUUGGACCACCUGGUUCGUGCCUCUGCAACGCCCAGCCGUUUGCUGUUGAGAUGUCGCUACAGGCCAUCCUCAUGAUGGACUGCCAUGCCCAUUUGAGCGAGUGCGAAGUCAUCGGCCUGUUGGGAGGCAAGUGGCUGCCUGAUGAAAAGCGACUGGUGGUUCAAGAGGCGAUCCCCUGUACCAGGGUGGCCGGAAGCGAGGGCCACACGUCAGUGGAGCUGGACCCUGAGGCAGAAGUUCAAGCAAGGUCCAAGAUGGCUGCAAAGGGACUUAGCGGAGUGGGAUGGUACCACUCUCACCCGAUGUUUGCUCCAAUGCCAUCUAAAAAGGACAUGGAGAAUCAGCGUAAUUACCAGGCGCUCUUUUGUGACGACACAACGAACGUUGCACCGUUUAUUGGCAUGAUUGUUGGACCAUAUGACGUCCAGCUGUUGAGCCCAAGAUCGGUGGUCACAACGUUUGUUGUGCAGAAGAAGGAUUCUCGACUCCAACCCUUCAGAGUGGAGUACACAAUGGGGGACACAGAGGAAAUUCCUGGCAAACAGUUUCUUGAUCAAGUCAGGCAGCUGUUUGAACAAUGCAGGGUCGACCCCUACCGAAUCAAAACAGAUCAGGUAUGGCGGCCUUUCGCCUGGAUAAGGGAUGGCACGCCCAUCGGUGGCCCACUCACGCGGUUGAAGAAGCUGUGCGCAUCGCUGGAGGCGUGGCUGCCUGAGGGCAAGCCCUCUGAGGUGGACAGGUUCGUGGCCUCUGUGGCAAAGAGCCUAGAGGAAUCGUGGGGGCUGCAAUCUGCGGAGGGCCCUGUUGGCAAUGCGGUCAAAACGCCUGAAGACCCCAAGGUGCCCUCAUUGGAGAGUUAA